CAAAGAUAUAGAGAGAGAGUAUGCGAAAUUGCUAACAUAGAGAGAGAGAGAGCGCACAACAGAGAUCAAAAUAAUGUGAAUCUAGGGUUUCUAUUGUGUUUUUCUCUUCUUCUGCUGCAUCUUUUAUCUAAAGGAAAGAUCAUUCAGCAAGUCGUUAGUCAAGUGAAGUUUUAAUUUAUCAACCAUGUGCCCCAGUCAUCAUGGAAAGAUAUCAAGAAAUAUUACGGGAAAAAUCACAGUCUCAGUCUGAUAUUGAUCAAUGUGAAGAUUAUUAUGAAGCUGCUGGGGGAGCAAGGAAGAGAAGAAUAUAUGGUCUUGGAUCUCAAGCACAAAGUUACUAUGGGCCGAAUCUUUGCGUCAAUUUUGGCUUUAAUGCUUCAGGAUCAACAGCACCUUCAACUUCUCAAUCAACACCUAUAGAAAAUAUGGAGGAGUUAGUGAUGCGAUUGAUUCCUACACUGACUGAUCGCUUGCUUCCUUUAUUUAUUGAGAAGGCAUGCAGAGUGAUUUCUUCACCAUCAGAUCAUCCAAAUACUCCUAUCGACAAACCAUCAGUUGUGACACCCAUAGUGCCUCCUCCUACUACUGCUAACGUUGACGAUGUUGAUCCUUUAGUUUCUGAUGAUGAUCGUAGUCCUUCACCCAUGCAUUAGUUUUUUAUGUUAUUUGCUUUUUGUUGGAAAGAACAAAAUUAUGCACUAACAAUACUUGAUGGAUGUGUGGGUUCUUUUGGUAGUUGAUAGCUUGGUGUUGUCGGUGUUUUGGACUUAACGAUUACGA